CCCCAAAAAAAGCCUCUGGUUUGGUGAUCUGGGCAAGCAGCCGACGGUCUCGCAGCAGGGCGCCCGGGCAUCGCCGCCCGCCUGACGUCGUCCAGGUCCGCUCCGGCUUCGCGCGACGCUCGUCCAACAGAAGCCAGCGACGAAUCCCGCGCCGGCUGCGUUGACGGGCGGGGGCCGCUUCGUCUCACUUGUCGGGGGCCCUUUGCCGGACGAGGAGGCGGACGCCGCCCGCCCGCCUUCCUCCUUCCCCGGUCGGAGGAGGACGAGCCGAGGCGAUCCCGCCGGCGACACGACAGCCGGCGGCUCACCUUAAGCCGCUUGACUCAGACGGAUUAGCGCGCUCGCCACGCUGACCUCGGCGCGCGCGAGCCAUUCGAGCGGAUUUCCAGACGGUGACCGGCAGCCGCCAUGGCGUUGGAGGACGUGGCGGCGGCGGUCACGCGAGGCGCCGCCGGCGAGCCUUCACCCACCGGGAAGGAGGCGUCACAUCCCGCCCACGGCGGCCUCCCGGGGUUCCCCCCGCAGUUCCCGCCGGUCCUCGGCUUUGCCACGGGAGACGAGUGCCGCCCGGAAAAAGCUCAGGAGCUGUUUGAUGAGUUUGUUUCGGCGUCCACCUGCAGGGCGGCGCUGCUCUCCUUCCGCCAACUGUGCGAGCACCUGCGCCUGGACCCGGACCCGGACGCCGAGCGGCCGCUUUACCGCCGCAUCAAGCGGCGCCUCAGUUACUGGAAGGCCAACGCCUUGUGGGCCAAACUGGAGCGCCGGGCUUCCCGCCAGGACUACCUGCAGAACCGAGCCUGCCGCGACGCCACGUGCGCGGUGGUCGGGGCGGGGCCCUGCGGCUUGCGCGCGGCGGUGGAGUUGAGCUUCCUGGGCGCUCGCGUGGUGGUCCUGGAGAAGAGGGACGCCUUCUCCAGGAACAACGUGCUCCACCUCUGGCCCUUCGCCAUCCAGGACCUGCGCGGGCUGGGCGCCAAGAAGUUCUACGGGAAGUUUUGCGCCGGCUCCAUCGACCACAUCAGUAUUCGGCAACUCCAGCUGGUUCUGCUCAAGGUGGCGCUGUUGCUCGGCGUCGAAGUUCACGUCAACGUGGAGUUCAAGCGCGUGCUGGAGCCGCCGAGCGACCGGCGGCCGCGCGAGGUGGGCUGGACGCUGGAGGCGUGGCCAAAGUCCCACCUGGUCAACGGGCUGCAGUUUGACGUCAUCGUGGGAGCGGGCGGUCACGGGAACAUCUUGCCCGGUUUUCGCCGUAAGGAGUUCCGCGGGAAGCUGGCCAUCGCCAUCACGGCCAAUUUCAAAAACCGAAACACUCGCGCCGAGGCCAAAGUGGAGGAGAUUGGCGGCGUGGCGUCCAUCUUCAACCAGCGGUUCUUCCAGGACCUGCGCCGGCAAACCGGCAUCGACCUGGAGAACCUGGCCUACUACAAAGACGACACGCACUACUUUGUCAUGACCGCCAAGAAACGCUGCCUGCUGGACAAGGGGGUCAUUUUGCAGGUAAACGUCUCGAUCCUUUUUGGAGUGGGGCUUCUCGGACCUUUUGGCGGCCCAGGAAAACCUCCCCCCCCCCCACCUCCGCCUUCCGCGCUUGAAAUCGCGACGGCGUUCCCCGAGAGAAAGCGGCCGCUCGCCUUUCCGCCUGAACGCGGGCAAAGCGGCCGAGGGCUGUCCCGUCGGGCGCGUGGUCUCGUCGGGGCCGCUUGCUUUUGGCGCCUCUUUUUCUCCGCCGCUUUCCUUUGGCAGGACUUUGCGGAGAGCGAGCUGCUCCUCUCUCGGGCCAACGUGGACCAGCGGGCCUUGCAGGCCUUCGCCCGCGCGGCCGCCGACUUCGCCACCGAGGGCCAGCUGCCGUCUCUGGACUUUGCCGUCAACCAGCGCGGGCGGCCCGACGUGGCCGUGUUCGACUUCACGUGCGCGCACGCCUCGGAGAACGCCGCCAUGGUCCGGAUCCGCCGAGGGUACCGGCUGCUGCUGGCGCUGGUGGGGGACAGCCUGCUGGAGCCCUUCUGGCCGACGGGAACGGGCGUGGCUCGCGGCUUCCUGGCCGCCCUCGACGCGUCGUGGAUGGUUCGUCGAUGGUGCCGAGGAGAUUUGCCUCUGGACAUCCUCGCCGAGAGGGAGAGCGUCUACCGUCUGCUGGCUCAGACCACGCCGGACAACAUGCAGAAGAAGCUUUCCCUGUACUCCUUGGACCCGGCCAGCCGCUACGUCAACGUCUGUCCCAGCGUCACGCCCGACCAAGUGAGACACUUGAUCGACACGGGAGAGAAGACGCAAACGGCCGAGCACCCGGAAGCGCCGCCGUGGACAACGGCGGAGUCGCUGUCCGAGUCCAACCAGCUCCUGGCGUGGUGUCGCCGGCGGACGGCGGGCUACCGGGGCGUCGCCGUCCGCGACCUGACCUCCUCGUGGAAGAGCGGCGCGGCUCUGUGCGCCCUGCUUCACAGCUGCAGGCCGCAGCUGCUAGACUUUGACUCCCUGAACCUGGCGGCCGAGGAAGACAACGUUCGCUUGGCCUUUGACCUGUGCCAGCGAGAAUUGGGAAUUUCGCCCCUGAUGACGGUGGAAGAGAUGACGUCCGCGGGAGAACCCGACGCGCUGUCCAUGGUCGUCUACCUCAGCCAGCUCUACCAGGUGCUGCGAGAUGCCCCGCCCUCUUUGGGUUCGCUGUCCCAGAGUUCGGAGGUCAGAGCCGCCCUGGUGACCCCGGCCUCCCUCCUCAGCAGACUCGGACUCAACCUGCCGCGUCAGCAAAGGUCAAAGGAGAAGAAGAGGACGCGCAGCGAACGGCGGCGGUCGCGGGACCCGGCACCGGAGCGGGUCCCGGCCAAGGCUCCCGGCUCCCGAGUGCGUUCCAUGGCCCUGCUGCUGCAGGCCAAGCUGCGUCACGCCUCUCCUCCUCCUCCUGAGAGUCGGCGUACGUCAGCCCGGCGGCGCCUGGACCUUCGCCUCGACCGGGAAGACGCCGACGAUCCCGCGGCGCGCGUCAGCGACGUGUGUUUCUUCUGCCACCAAAAAGUUUACGCCAUGGAGCGUCUGAGCGCCGAAGGCCUUUUCUUCCACCGGAGCUGCUUCGUGUGCCACGCGUGCGGCGGCUCGCUCAGAAUUGCCGCCUACCGAUUCCACGCCGCCGGCGGGAAGUUUUCAUGUGCGCACCAGUGCGAGUCGUUCACCCGCGCCAGUCCGUCUGCAAAGAAAGCGACAACGCAGUUGAUGACGGCGCGCGAGCCAACGCCGGCCCGGCGGACCUCUUGCACGACACCGCCGUCGUCCGCAGACUCUGCGGUCUCCGCGGCAACGGAGCGUCGCCGUUCGUCAGGUGAGCCCAUGUCACGCGGUGUGGCUUGCGACUUCCCGCCCCCUCCCCGCCAGGGUGCUUCGAUGGGAACGCGCGUGUGCCCGCAAACGGGAUUUUCAGUGACGCGAAUCGAGUUGGAGAACGACAACGCGGAGGCCGAAGAGAUCUCGGAGGAGGUCUUGACCCGUUUCAACCUCAGCGCGGACAAAGAUGAGCGGACUUGCGGUUCCGAGGCCCGGUCCGAGACGGAGGCCGAGAUGGAGGCCGAGACGGAGGCCGAGACGCAGGCCGAGACGCAGGCCGAGACGCAGGCCUCGCGGAAGAGCGAGGCGGCGUGGGAGAGAGCGCCGCGUUGCCGCCCGCCGCCGACGGCCGGCGAGUCGGACGAAGAGGAAGAUGAGACGCUCAGUGAGGAAGAAUCCAGCGACGGUCAGUCGGCGGACUGGGGCCCCGAGGGCGAUUUCUUCAAGCGGGGGCCGGUCUCGGCAGAUCGGGGCGAGACUCGGGCCCUCCUCGGCACGCCCUCCACCGCCUCCUUCGUGAGCGAGGUCGACUCCGCUUCCUCCGCCCGCUCCCCCUCCCGUCUUGAGAAGGAAGCCCCGCCCGCCGGGGCGCCCGUCGGCGAGGAAAGCUCCGGAGCGCCGGAAGCUUGGCCGUCUCUGGACCGUCUCCCGCCGCGAGAGGAGCGCGUCGAGGGGGCGGGGCCGGAAGAAGCCGGAGAGCGCCGCCCGCGGCUCCGAGUUCCGCGCUUCUGGCGAGCGCGAGGAGGCGGGGCCGCGGCUCUGUGGAAGGCGGCGUUUUCCGGCUACGGGCCCAAGAGGAGAGACGCCGAGCGACGAGCAGAGGCGCCCGGCGUCGUCCGUACGAUGGAGGAAAGUGACGCCAGCUGGUCAACGGCACGGCGCAGAUGCUCACUGGAGCCCAGGGAUGACCUGCGUUUGGAGACGGCCGACGUCGCGGCUCAGCUGGAGCGACUCGGCGUCCAAGAGCAGGACGCGGCGCCGCACCCCGCCUACGUUCCUCACGCGCUGGCCUUCAAGCCGGCGUUUCCCGGCGGCAAGUUUUGGCGAGAGCGUUUUCCCAGGCGGGCUCCCCCCGCCGACUCGGACGGACGCUCGUCCCCCGCCACCGAGGUGGCGGGCGUCCUGGUCCGCCCCGAGGAGCCGUCCGGCCUCAGCGUGCCGGAGAGCCUGUUCCGCGCGGACCGGCCGUCUCGCCGGCCCGAGCGUCCGCUUCAGAAGGGCGGCCGCGGGCGAGCCAAGCGCCGGCGGCUCGGGAGGCUGCACCGAGCUCAGCUGAUCCAGAGGCAACUGCAGCUGGUGGAGGAGGAGCAGCGACGUCUGGAGGCCAGAGGGGUCGCGCUGGAGAGGAGUCUCAGAGGACAACAGCGAGGCAAGGGAGGGGGGCCCCCCCCCGAUUGUGUGUCUGAGCACGACAGGAAAGAGACAUCAAGGGGGGUCCUGUGCUGUGCGUGUGGCGUAGGAGCUUGCGGCGACGACGACGACGACCACGACAGCCUCAUGCGGCUUUGGUUCCGCUUGGUCCAGCAGAAGAACGUCCUGGUUCGAUACGAGUCGGAGCUCGUGCUAUUCGCACGAGAGCUGCAGCUGGAAGACCGACAGAGCCGACUCCAGCGGGAGCUUCGGGAGAGGAUGACGCCGGACGACGGCCUGAAGGGCGAGCGGGAGCUGGCGAAGGAACGCGCCAUCCUGGAGGAGAUGCUGGAGGUGGUGGAGCGCAGAAAAGCUUUGCUGCCUCUGCUGGAGGAGCUGCGAGCGCAAGACGGAACGCUGCGGGCCGCCGCGCUCGGACGGGCCCGGACCCGAGCCGGCGAGCGCUCGGGGACUUCAGGAUGUGCCAGGUGACCGCCGGCGUUGCUCCUUCCUUCUCCAAGAAGAAAAAGUUCCCCCCCCCCCAUUUGGACCUUCCCCCAAAACACAAGGAGCCGCAAACCCAAAAAGAAUCUGGGCCGAAUCGGUGUCGUGAUGAUUGGCUGGCCGGUGACCCGGACCGGCGCCGCCUCUCGCCCCAUCGACGGUAACGCAUUAAAAGGUCUUUCGUCGCUUGGCUGUGCAAAUCUUUUUGCGACACAUGCAGCGAGUUGCGCAGAGCCUCAAGUGGCGUCACCCCCCCCCCCCC